ACCAUCUCCGAGCCCGACCUGACCCUGGUUCGCCUCCUCCGCGCGCGAUCAGUCGAGUCAGUCUCAGGCAGGCAGAUUGGAAUGGAUCAGUAGAUCCCACUCCGCCAAAACCUUUUUUUGCUUGCAUUCAACUUCCCCCGCGACACGCCAACGCCGUUCCAACUACAACCGCCGGGAUCCAGCCGCUGCACACGGCCACCCGCCGUGCCGGCCGGCCGGAGGGGUUGAGCGGGCGAGGAUGCAGAGCGCCACGCGGCUGACGCUGCUGCUGUGCGCGGCGUGGGCGGCCGCGCUGCUCUACGGCGAGAUGGGCGCCUACUGGGCCUCCUACCUCGCAUGCUCGUGGCCCUCGCCGUCCUCCUCCUCCUCCUCGCCGCCGAAUAACUAUGUCAAGGUUGCUGUUGUUGCUGACCCACAGCUUAUGGACAGCACCUCCCUUGGUCUUCCAUCAAGCUCAGUUGGUCUCCAAGCUGCUGAGUUUUACACGGAUUUGAACAUGAGAAGGUCCUUCCAGUCUGCCAUACUGCCAUUCAAACCUGAUGUGGUCUUAUUUCUUGGUGAUCACUUUGAUGGAGGCCCUUACAUGUCCGAUGAAGAGUGGCAGGAAUCAUUGUUUCGAUUUAAACAUAUAUUCAGCCUGAAUGAACAAAUAACAAAGCCACAGAUCCCUAUCUACUACCUUUCAGGAAAUCAUGAUAUUGGUUACUCAGCAUUUCAUUCAGUUCAUCCUGAGGUGCUCAGUCGGUAUGAAAAAGAAUUUGGAUCAAGAAAUUAUCAAUUUUCUGCUGGGAAGGUGGACUUUGUUGUUGUUGAUGCCCAAACACUUGAUGCUAAAAACUCUUACGAACCUACCAUCUUUCUAGCAGGAGCUAAAAAAAGCAAAGAAAGAUCCUCCUCCUGGGAGUUCAUUAAAACUCUAUCUCCAGGUAAUGCAUCGAACCCAAAGGUUCUGCUAACGCAUAUUCCACUAUACCGACCUGAUAACUCUCCUUGUGGUCCACAUCGUUCUUCACCUAUUAUAAAUCAGAGGGUAUCUUAUGCUGCCUUAGACCAAGGAAUCACCUACCAAAAUUAUCUAACUAAAGAGACUUCUGACCUUUUGCUAAGCUUGUUGAAGCCGGUCCUUGUGCUCUCAGGCCAUGAUCAUGACCAAUGCACAGUCGUCCACUCCACUCCUUUUGGUCCAGUUACAGAGCAUACAUUGGGGACAAUAAGUUGGCAGCAAGGAAAUCUCUAUCCAUCUUUUAUGCUGCUAUCUGCUGGACCCAAGGUGUCACAAAAUUCAACUGAUCCGGAGCAUGAGGUUGUUACAAACCUUUGUUUUCUGCCUAAACAAACCCAUAUUUAUGUCUGGUAUAUCUGCCAGUUUGUAGUGACCAUCCUUCUUCUAGUCUUCUGGCCAACAAAUGGUCUCAGUUCUCUUCCUUGCAUGAACACAUUGGUGAGCUUCAUGAGGUCGGUUGGUGCUGAACUGCUUUCAAGAACCAAGGAAAAAGAUGACGAGGAAGAUGGUGAAUAUGAUAUGAUUUUUGAUGCGGAAGGAUCCAUGCACCUCGUUAAAAAGGCAGCGGUAAAGAGCCCAAGUGCUAGCUCAGACUCCAGACCUACAGGGCGUGGAAGCGUUGUUGCAAGGGCAACAGCAGGAAAACACCGUUUGGAGCCUGAUUCAUCAUCAAUUCUUGUGGACGUGGGUUCUGAGAUGACAUCAGAAGAUGGAGGGAAGUUGGCCCGCGGUAGCAAAUCGAGAGUAAGGAAGGUGCUCCAACGGCUGUUCCGUGUGAUUCAGUCGAUUGUUGUCAUUGCCGCUCUGAAUGUCCCCCUGUACAUGAUGCUCCUGUUCAAGGAUUGGAUUGAUCGUUGAAGUAUGUAUGUGAGAAUCUAUUAGGCCGGUUUUGAGUAUAAUUCAGUAGAUUGAUUGAUGAUAUCUAUAUGAACAAUAGCCGCACAUGCAAAAAAUAAAGUUGCUUUUUAAUUUACUGAGGCACCAAUCAAA